GAACUCAUACAUCUAAUUACUUAUUAAUAAUUACGUGUCCGGCGUGUUCAAAGUUGAGUUUAGCGUUUGUUUUACAAAGUUCCGCUAUUGUAAAGUGAACAAUGCUUUGUUACCUAACAGCAAAUUAUUGUUUGUCAAACUUUUCAUAAACUAGUGAUAUCAAAUCGUAGAACUUUAGUUUCCGCUCAACUUUACACGAUUUUCAACGCGCACACGACAUCAAAAAUGAACAGAUAAUGUGAACUUUUUACAUGUAAUUUAUGAAGAAGUCAAAGAAAAUGGAGUGCAAUAAGUUUAAAACGUUUUUUUUAAUUUUAGUUUUUAGUUUUAAUCAUAAUUUAUUCGUAGAAAGUGGCACAACUACUUCAAAGUCUGAAUUAGAAUGUGAAUUCCCACCAAAAAUGGAGGAAGAUUUAACACACGUAAGGAGAAAAAGACUAACAACAGAAACUGGAUUAGUUUGUUUAGAAGACUAUCCUUAUACUGUAUCUGUAAGAUUACACGGAAAACAUUGGUGCGGAGGAGCAAUUGUUGGAAAGCAAUGGAUUUUAACGGCGGCCCAAUGUUUCGAUUAUGUUACAAAAGAAGAAGUGUCCAUUCGUAUGGGAUCAGUAUUCAGAGAUUUUGGCGGGAGAAUACUGUCUGUGUUGGAGGUCAGACGGCAUCCCGACUACAGGAUGGACCAAUAUUAUCCAGAACACAACCUGGCCAUGGUCAAGGUGAAUCUCCCGAUUACUCCGAACAGCAGAAUGCAGCCGGUGGCGCUGGCUGUCGCUGAUGCUGACCUGCCUCCGUUGUUCGGGGAGACUGUCGUUACUGGAUACGGUUCUGUGUUAGAGCAGGAGAGAUAUACACAUUACAACACGCAACGGAUAAAGCAAAGGGUGUAUGGAACGCCGGUGGAAAGAGCCUUUGCCAAUUUUUUUGACAUCGAUUGCUCCUGGAGCGCGUUUCACAGUCAGGUAACCGGGCAAAUCCGCGAGGGUGAGAACCAAGAAUUAAGGAGGAUGAUAGUUCGUGAAGUGCCGAGAGCAGAGUGCCGCCUCAUUUACGGAAACGACUAUCACUUGCAACACGACAACAUGUGCCUGCAGAGCAUCAUCAAAGGAGUUGCUUUGUGUGCUGGCGACACAGGUGACCCGGCGGUGCAUUUCAGCGGGCUAAAUCGAGCAGGCACGCUUUUCGGCAUAGCAUUGUUUUCCGGCACCGAGGAAUGCGCCUACAAAUCGAAGCCAGGAGUAUUUGCUAAGGUAUCUUACAGUCGCCUAUGGAUUGACAAGGUGUUGGGUGAGAUACCUGACCAGCACGCCGAGAGCGCCGACAGCACUGAGAAUGUGAUCCCACUCGAUAUGAUCUGAUUUUGCUAAGCAGACAGAUUCUGAAAAGCAUUUACCUACAUAAAAAGUGUCAUUUUUUAGUGCAUAUUUUUAUCAAGUUACAUGUUGAUGGACGUUAUUUUUAUAAUCCAACGACCGUGAGAGCAUCCUACGAGUCAUAUAAUUAAAAUAAUCGAAGAGAAAAUAAAGAGCUAAGUCUACGGACCUCGUAUUUACGCUAUACUAGUUAAGUCAUAAUUAUCUUAAGAAAUGCUAUGUAGAUACAAAAUAAAAAUAUUUUCUGUA